CUCUGCCCUCCCUGACUUGCCUCCUUCCCUCCUUCUGACCCUCCCAUAUCCUCCUCCAUCCCUGGGAGUAGAGGAGGAUCCUGUCUGUACUCAUGUAUGCCUCCUCCCAGGGGUGUGCCAAGCACCCAGAAGUCCCCUGCUCUCAGCCACCUCUUCGGGCCUGGGAACCAGCCCCGUCCAGGCUGCGUGUGGCCCAGAAGGUGUGCUCCCUGCUGAUCUGCCAGGAGGCAGUGGUGGCCGAGGCUCAUCAUGCGGGUUUUGACUUUCCAGCUCUACCAUGUCUCCAGUGCCCACGAGUCAACGCCAGUGGGGUUUGCGAGACUGGGGAAAGUGUCUGCGAGACUCAAGGCAGCCAGCGGUGCUUCCUGAGGAAGGUCUACGAAGAUGACACCCUUUCAUAUGGAUACCAAGGUUGUAGCAGUGUGUGUUUCCCUUUGGUGCUCUUUAAUCCGGCUGUUACUUUGGAGGAGAGAUGUUGUAAUGACUCACCUUUCUGCAACAAGUUCUAAAGAUGGGGCCCAGCUUUGCCCUGAGCUGGUGGAUAAAGCUGACUCAACGUACCUUUCAACUCUCAUGAGCUUUAAGACGACGUGCACUGAAUACGGGGAGAAAUCGCAAACUAGGUCUGUGUCAGGCCCAGCCACCUUUUCUCUUCCUCGUUAUGAGAUGCUGCUGGGAUAUUUUAAAAUCAAACCGGGGUGAAGAGUGGUGGGCAUAGGUGGGUCCAGGCAUGCCUUCUUCCUUUCGAGGACCACACUGAUUUGCACUUUAAAAAAGCAAGGUCUGGGGUUUGUGAUUCUGCGUGGUUCUGGAGGCAGCCAGCUGAAGGAAGAGGGAGAGUCCUGAGAUGCUGAAAAGGAUAGGAAAUGAGGUGGCCAUAAAUGAUGCAUUAGUUGGUGUAGGCGGGCUGCUGUGACAAAAAUCUCUGAAAUGGCGGUGUCCUAAAACAAUAAAAAAUGAAUGCUCACCCAUGGCACAGU